CGGGAAGGAAGGUAUGGUUGAACAAUUGAACCGUGACGGACUGUCGGAACGUAAUAAGGGACACCCUUACUGUGAAUUACCCAAAACAGAGGACACGGUUUGAUAAAUCCGAUGAUACUCUUAUGUAAAAUCCCUAAUAUUAAAACAAAAUUGUGUGCCAAAACAUUUUCGAUACCAUUCAGCUGAGCAAUUACUGAACACAUGACUUUGACCUGAUUCUCUGAAUGACCUUGAAUCUUUUGCCUGACCUGAAGUUUUUGGCCUGAUGGGGGCAGCAGCAGUUCGAGGACAAAAUGGCACAGCGACCUUCACAUUUCAUCCUUCGGGCUACACAACCAAUGUGAACUUCAAUCAGGGCCAACAACAAUCAACAACAUCUCCUAACAUAAUGUCUUGUGAAGCUUGUCAAACAAACUUCAAUCUUUUCAAAAGAAAGAAAAUGUGUAGAUAUUGUGACAGAAUCUUCUGUUCGAGUUGUGUGCAUCGUUAUCGAGAUCCAGAAAAUAACAGAAUGACAUACAGACAAUGUAAUACGUGUAAAGUGUUAAUGUCUGGAAAAUUCACACGUUCUGAUCUAAUGAAGUGGAAAGUUAAGGAACUACGAAUCUUGCUCAAUAAACGGAAUGUCCCAACAAACACGUGUAAAGAAAAACAUGACCUCAUCGAUCUACUGUUCAUCAACUUCGCCAAAACCCCAGCUCAGGAGUCAUCAGAAGUGGAGGACUUGGAGUCUCUGUCUAGACAGCCCAGUAGUCUGUCUGGUAGUACAAUUAGCAGUGGGGGUACUCAGGAUAUGCAUAAUCACUCCCAGGGAACGCAAAACUUAAGUCCCCAAGAGCCACCCCCACCCCCAGGGCCAGAGACUGAGGUAGAACGAGAUACAAGGCUGAGACAGCGACAAGAGGAAGAAAUGAGACGAGCCAUGCAUAGACAGGAAAUAUUUGGGGAGGAUGAAGAUGAGGAGGUUCCUCAGGAGACGGCCACACCUCGUGUGAGGAUGAAUCUGGGCGAAAUAAAAACUCUGGAGGAUGUUGACAACCUCACAGUCCGGCAGCUAAAGGAAGUUCUGGUGACGAACUUUGUUAAUUACAAAGGAUGCUGUGAGAAGCCCGAGCUAGUUGACAGGGUCAAGAGGCUUUGGAAGGAACACAAGUCCAAUGAACAAAAAGUAAAAGAUAUAGACUCAACAGAAACUACAGACCCAAAAGGGGAACCAGGUAUCGGAGGGGAGAAAACGGAGGACGACAUUUGUAAAAUCUGUAUGGAUGCUGCUAUUGACUGUGUGCUUCUGGAGUGUGGUCACAUGAUAUCCUGCACACAAUGUGGCCGUCGCCUCAACGAGUGUCCAAUCUGUCGACAGUAUGUGGUGCGAGUUGUGCACACCUUCAAGAGUUAAGGACCAAUCGUGUAUAGGACCAUCAUCUGUACAUAUGUAUGGUGUGAUUAUUUAAGUACACCUAGACCAUCAUCUGUGUAAGAUGUGAUUAUUUAAGUAUUUGUAUUAAACAGGAGGCAUAGACCACUGUCAAAGCAGUUGUAUAGGAAAACCUGAAAGUUCAGAAAGAUGUAGAUUAGUGACAUCGGUUAGAAAGACAACAGCAAAUUCGGUUAGAAAGCACAUUGACCUUGUCAUUGGUUCGAGGCAUUGGUAAAUAUCCAUUCUAUACCGAUACUAAAUAACUUCAUUUUCACCUUUUUUCUACACAAAUUAAAAUUUGAUGGCAUCUCAACUUUACUACAGAAUAUACAUAUACACAUAGCCGGGGAUACAUUUAAUUCCAACAGAGUGCAAAUUCAAAAGGGGAGAAUUUAUUUGAUUUUAAUACAUAUAUUAUAAUAAUAAACAAGAAAGGAUAAUAUUUAGCUAGGUGAAUGUACAUUUUGUAUAUGUUGAUUUACUGCUGGGUCAAUUAACUGUACUCUCAUCAUAUAAUUUAGACUAUACCUGGUAUAUGUGCCAUGAAGUAAUAGGCAAAUUCUGAUGUGACCGAGCACCUGUUGAAGAGGAAGUGAUGGAAGUAAAAGACUUUGAUGUGAUUUAGAGAAAUUUGUACUGGUAGAUAUAUCCAGUAAGUACCAAUAUGAGGGCUUAAUUUGCAAUAAAACUUCCUUCCUUUUCUGAAAUUUCUACUGAGAUUUAAGUUUAAGAAAUAUCUUGCAAUGAGGAUUUUUUUAUUUUUUUUUUUAAAUAUAAGGACCCUGUUUAUAGCAUCACAUGAUUUAAAAAAAAAUUAAGGAAUGGAUUGCUGUGAUAAUCAUUUUAAUACCUGUAAAGUAAGGCUAACACAUACAAAAUAUUUGUUAUGCUGUCAGUUAUAAAUGUAGAUCUUGUGUAUGUUUUUACAAUGUCUUUGCUGAACUUAUAUAUGAUGAAGCACCAACAGAUACAGAUGCUGUAUAAAAGGUGUAACAAACAUAUGAUGAUUACAAUGUAAAUUUUUCAUAAUGAACAUAUGUUACUAUACAGUACUUUUUCUGAUUUUUUUUGUAGGUCGUCUAAAGCUUACUGCAGUGACUUUCCUUAUUCAAUAUAAAGAUAACAAAAAAAAUAUUACAUUAUUAAACAUGUCCAGUAGAAUUUUUUUUUCUCUGUCUCACAUUUAACCGAUGAGCAAUGAAAGAUAAUGAAACACUAUAUGUACUUCCUCUAUAAAAAAGACUAUGAAAAAUGUGUUUUAAAGACAGAUUUAUUCCUGUUCAUUUCCCCUGAAUUAGGAAAGGAAGAAUAUACGAAUGUUUGUAUGCAGAAAUGUCUUUGCUGGUUUUAAGAUAAAAUUCAUUGAAAAUUUCUGUAUCUUUUUACAGUGAAACAUUUUUUCUAUGAAAGCUUAAAAUUACAUUUGAUGUUUCAUAAAAAAAGAAAAUCUUUACAUAAAAAAGAUAAUCUAUUUAGGGGUAUCUGUGUUUCUGUUUUAAAACUGUGGGUGUUUAAUAUUGAAAAUGGGGUAAAACUACUGGUUAGACUCAUGUUUGUAUAGUACCCACCCCCUACACAUACCGUAUAUCACACCACCAUCACUUACCCACCCCAAACCUCCCUACCCCCAUCCUUUAAUUGAUGCUGUAGGGUUGAUUUAACAUAAAGGACAUUGUGUCUCUCAAUUUAGAACAUUAGAAUCUUAUGUAAGUUUUACUCUGAUGUUGACAAUCAGAAAAUACAUAUUAAAACAAAUCCCAAAGAUGUAAAUCUUUCAGCCAAAAACUGAUAAAAUUUAUUAUUAAAAAAAAAUAUCACUUAAAUUGCUAGUCAUCUUUUUUCUCUCCAUGGUGCUUGAUCAUGCAUUAAUGGCCGAGAUCUAACAACAUAGAGACCAAUAUUCCUUGUUCAAGUCCUCAUAUAAGUCAUACAUUUCUUCAAUAUUUGAAGGAAAUAUUUGUUUAAACUAUUUUACCAUGGAAACAGAAUCAUAGAUGAUAUCAGAAUAAAGACUCUGUCAUCAAAUUAUAAAUUUUUUUAUAUAAAUAUUUGAAAUGAAUAUAUUUACAUUUGCAUCAACCAUCAUUUAAUCAAAAGUAAUUUGAUAUACCUUUCUUAAAAUGUUUAUGUUAGCCCUAGAAUUUGUUCUGAUGUUUCUUCAUCAAUAGACACAUCUUAAGAGACAUCAUAUGAAAGUUUUUGAAAUUGUAUAUUUUUGUAGCAUUUAACAUCUGAGGAAGAUGAAAAUGAAGAAUUCGUAUUUUCAUUUGUAAAUUUUUCCAUACAAUUAUGACAUGCUAUUUUACAUUUUGGACAAAUCAAUGAAGUGGACAACUGAAGUUUGUAGUGAAUUUUGUUUGUAUGUGUGUAUAUUUGCGAGGACUCCUUUUAAAUUCAUGAACUUUUUUUGUUCAUGAACUUUUCAUAAUAACUUAUUUAUAAUAAUGGAAAUAUUAAGAUAUGGUCCAAACCCAUUUGUUUUAUGAUACAAAGACAUUUCUUGAAUAUUAGAAUUCCACUGAAUAGCUCAAAUUGGCACCACACUUUUCACAGCAACUAGAAUUGCUAUUCUCAGAGAGUUUAAAUUAAGUUAUACGUUUGGACGUAGACUUUUGAUCUUGUUUAUGCUUUAUGAAAAUUUUAUAUUAAUGUCUACCCAUUGUCUUCGACAUUCAGCGAGGAACUCUUCAUGUCAGCACAAGAUGUCUGAUGCUUUAUACUGUAUGCUGGUUGACUUGGUUUAUUUCAUUAUCAACAGCCCAAGUCAUAUUUAGGCAGGAGUCUUAUGGUAGUAGCUGAUGGCUUCUUCUGUAGUAGCCAGUGGCUACCUCACUGGAAGUCCCACAGAAGGUCCAUCAAUUGUUUUUCCAGAGAAUCAGGAAUCAAAUGUCAUGCCACACCUACAAUAGGACAGUUUGUUGUGUCUGCUUUGUGAGAAAAAUACAAACUUUUUAGCUUUCCUAGCCACACAGAAUUUCACCUGAGUUUACUCUACUGUCUGAACUAUUGAGGCUCCCCUGAUGCUUUGAUGCAUCAUCGAAUUAACAUUUAAUGUUUACCAUUGAUUAAUAUAGUAUAUUUCCCAGGCUUCUUGUAUUAUACUCCUGUAAAAAUGUGAAAACUUAAUAGGAUAUCACUACCUACCAAUACUGUACCAACGAUAGAUAUAAAAUAAUAAUUCAAUGUAAUCAGAUUUUUCACAUAACAGAACUGCUUCAUUAUAAAAAAAGUAAGAAAAGAAAGAAAAAUCACUCUGUCUAUGACUAAAUCUAGAAAUGUAGUUCUAGUUACAUGUAUUUCAAUUUAUUCUUAUAUAAAUUUGAUUUUAUCAGGAUUAUUUCACUGUAUGUACAAACCUCCAUACAUUAUUGAUUAUAGCAAAAAUAAGAUUAAUAUGAUGUGCCAUCAUGUGUUAGUAGAUUUUAUGUUUGUUUAUUUUUAUUAUUUAAUAAAAAAGAAUCUAUGAAGCAUUAACAUAAAGUUAUGUUAAUGACAAUCAUUUGUUGAUUAACUCAUUCACCCCUAAAGACACAUUUGAACUCUUCCAAUUCAAACAUUGGAAGAGUUCAUAAUGACACUUCAGGGGUGAAUGAGUUAAGAUUAACAUAUAUAAUAUUUAUAUAUUUCUUGUGUGUGUUUUUUUUAUGUGUUUUUGUUUUUUUUGUUACUAGGUACUAAGUACUUUACAUGUACAUAUAAUAUAUUAGAUAAAUUGUACAGAAAACAAUGAAAACAACAUGCUUCCAUUAUCAUGUAUUGGAACGGUGGUUAAUUUUGUAGCAAUAUCAUGUACAAUGUUGUCAGUGAAAUAGAAAACUAAGCUGGAGUAUCACAGGGACUUAGCACAAAUUCCCAACUAAAAAUCCAUUUUGCUAUACAUAUAUUAGUAUCUUGGGUUUGGAAUUUUUACCAAGUCAUGUGAUACCGGUAUAUUAUGGUAUUUUGACCCUGGGGUCAAUUUACCAUGAGGGUCAAAAUACCAUACUACACCGAUAUCACGGGGACUAGGCACAAAUAUUCCCAACCCAAAAUCUAUUAUUAUGUACAUAUAUUAAGAUAUUGGGUUAAGAAUUUUUACCAAGUCCCUGUGUGCAGUUAGUGUCAACAUUGUUUUCCCAUUAAUUUUUUUGUAACUGCUUUGACUACCGAUGAAAAUAUCACCUAGAAUUAAGUGGAUAUAUAUUUGAUUAUUUGUUCAUUGUGAAUCAGAAUGCAAUCUAGUUGAUAACCUCUGGUUUAAUGGCGUAAGGAUGAGGUGAUUUUGUUAAUGUUUAAUUUUUUCAUCUCAGCCUUUGAUUUGUGUCUUAUUUUGAAAGAAGUUGACCAACUUUGAAAGAAGUUUUCUUGAAUGAAAUACAUUAAGAAUCAACAGCAUCAAUAUUAGAAAAUUUCAAAUUGGAAUGGGUCCAAUUUUAUCUACAUGUAUGUCAAACAUCUAAAGUAUUCACAAACUACAAUGAUAUACAUGUAUAAUCUAACACUGCUCACUCCGAUACAGAUUUUGAUAUAUCUACCAUUAUCCUCUUUUUUUUAUCCAUCCAAAACUUUUUUUCAUUCUUUUACCAUUUUGAUUUGGACCAAGCAGAUCCUGUGUUGAUAUUAUUAGAAAAAAUAUAUGAUUUUUUAUUUUAUUGGUAUGGAAAUGAGUUGAUUAUCAGAGAACUUCAAUGUUUCUUGUUUUUGUUUCAAAAAUACAUUUAUCACAUAAAAUGUUUUUAGAUAUGUAUUCUUUAUCAGAAUAUCAUUUAUUUUGAUUGACACCAAAACUGUUGAUGUGGAUUUUCCCUGAUAAUGAUUUGAUUUAUUUUCAUUGGCUUAAAAAAUUAUCAGCCCAUAACAAAAAAAAAACUGUUGUCAUUUAUAAUGCCACUUUUGAUUGGCUGAUACAGUGAAAUAGUAAUUUCUAAGAGAGAAGAGUUCAUCAAUAAAAGCAGAUACCACCAUAACAUAAAAAAUAUAUUGAAGUUAAUUCUUCAUUAUUUGUAGAAUUUGAGUUUUAUUUUUAGAAAUAGUCAACAAAAACAAAAAAUGUUCAUUACAUGUUCUCAAAAAAAAAUAUCAUUAAAUCUGUUCGUUACUUAUCUUGUUUUUCCGUUUGCUUUAGAAAUUCAUAUUAUUUAAAAAAAAUCAGUUUGUUUGUUUUAAAGAUUAUAAACUUUUGAUAGUUUUUUUAUUAUUUUUUUUCUGACAUAAUUAUUUUAAUAUACAUUCUUUUUAAAAAAUACCACUUCAUUUUGGAAUAUACUGGAAUUUUUGUAUAUGUUAAUUUUUUCCGAUCUGUUAUUUUGAUAUGUUGUGAAUAGAAUAUACAUGUAAGUCUAUUUUCCAAUUUUAUAAAAUAAAUGUUUUUAAUCUUGUAAUAGUGAUGUGUGAAAUCAUGAAUGAAAUUUAGGAUCGUGUUAACAAUUUAGCAUUAUAAGGCUAGUUUGGAUGUUACAUGUAUGUGACUUAUUUCAAAUUGACACAGAUAAAUACCUGUAUCUGCAUAAACUUUGCAAGUACAUGUAUCAUGUGACUUACUCUAAUUAAAUAUCUACCCUACCUGUCUCAGAAUUCCAGGUGACAAAAUAAUUGACAAAAUUUUAGAAAAAUGAUUUUUUAAUUUCCAUCGAUACAUAUACUGGGUGAAAUUAAAUGAUGAAACAAUUUUCAGAUAUCAGUAUCUUUCUGUAUUUAAAGCAAAAGCAAACAUUUUGAAAAAAAUAAUGAUUUUGAAAUAUUUUUUCUAUUUCUGUUGUAAAAAAUAGAAAGUUUUGAAAACAAUUAGGCCACACAAAAAAUGUGUGUGUGUUUAGAGUUCCCGACCAACCCUACAUUUUGAUUGCCUACUAAGUUUUUUUUAAUUUAAUUCGAUUUUUUUUUCACUGAAUACUGUCAGAUCCAAAUUAAAACUAUUAAAGCUACCUGUAAUCAAGCUUCAAGUAUUCUACCCAAACCCAGGAAUUCCCUAUAAGGUUAAUACUAAAUUCAAUUGUAUGGAUGGUACCACUACCAGUAACCAAAACCUGGGAUCCUAGGUUGGGAUAAAUGUUUUACAAUUGAAGAAUAGCCCAAAGGAGGGAAUGUUAGAAAAGAACACAUUUGCAUUGUUCAGCUCUCAAUGGCGUGGUUAACGUCUGAUUUUGCUAAAAAUAUAUGUGUUCUAAUCGACUAAUUCCAAAUAAUACACAACAAAAAUAAGCAAGAUAAAAUAAAUAAAAUAAAAAACUUUCAUACCUACUGACCCUACCAAAUUCUCAACUUGUAACCCUAAACACAUAUAUAUUUUUAUUUAGCCUUAGUUUUCAGGUCUUUUUUGUUAAGCACUAGCUACUUUGUUUAAAGUGAAUUAUUGGAUGUUAAAACAUACUAAUCUAAAUAAGUACCCUAUUAUGUUUUUUUUGGGGGGAAAAUUGUCAGAAAUGUAACUGCUGUGAAAAUCAUAUACAAUAUACAUUAUGAUAUGUAAUUAAUAAGAUUACUUGCAGCACCAUGCUAAUUUCAAAUCAAAUCUGCUGUAAACAAUCGGGACUAAAGGGUCUCAAAAAUAGGGACUAGUCAAGCACAUGGAAUUUUUACUUUGUAUGUGUAUAUCGGGUCGGUAAUAAAUCUACAUGAGGGUUCCUAGUUCUGUACUCAUAGAAUUUUAUGGGACUCACAGAAUUUCUUUUAAUACUUAUAUUUAACACUUUGAGACUCAUAGUUUAUAGCAAUAUAGUUGAAAAGGACUCGUGAAAAUAACUGUACAUUGAUGACUGUAUACAUGUAUUGUCGAAUGCUAAAGAGACAUACAUACACCAUCAAUUUGGCGAUCAGAACUUUAAAGCUAUAAUUGUUUAUAUGUAUAGUUUUGUCUGUCGAUAAACAGCAUCACUUGUUGGUAUAUAAUCAAACAACGCACAAAUCUCAGGUUUAAUAUCGGUCAAUUUGAAAAUUGUUUAUAAUUACUCUCAAAUUGUUUUGUUUUUUUAUCAAUAAUGGAAAAUGAAAGAAAUACUACAAAUGUACUAGACAUUGGCUUGUUGGUAGAUAAACAUGUAAGUAUUAUCAGUAAGAUUGUGAUAAAUAUGAUUUUAAUUUCAUUAUUAUUAUUAUGAAAAAUUUUACAUUGUAUAUAUGAUGUGAAAUUCUCAAAAAAAAAAAUUGUUGAAUGUAUACUUCUUGUUAAAAUUAAUGUUUUACAUUAUUGAUCAUCAAUUGUAUUAACAUAGAGUUGUUGACUCUCAACUGUUGUUUUUAUCUCAAAUUAAAUAGUAAAGGUCGUUAUCAAAAACCUACAAAAACUCUACUUUGUCGUUUGAGAGCAGAGGUCAUCAUUAGAAACUUACAAGACUCUUAUCUGUUGUUUUGUGUCACAAACAACAGUGCAGGGUACUUUGGGUUUUCGCAUUUUAUAACAGUAGGUGUGUAUGUGUUAAAACUGACCCCCAUUUGUCUCGUUUCUCAUUAUUGACAUUAUAAAAUGAAUUACAUCUGAAACUAAUGUCUCUGAUGAUCUUGCCUCAUUUUACUCAAUUUCCAGAGUAAUUCCAGUAAAACCUGAUUUGUGAAUCA